AUUUAAAGUUCGCUCAUUAAGCAUCUGUUCUGUUUUAAUAUUCACACUGAACAACUAGUAUAUUUAAUUAUGGCAUGAACCCAAAUAUCAUGCUGCUUUUCUAUGUUGUGAAAGGAGAGAUGAGAUUAAUUUUGGAUUUGAAUCAGCAGGGGCAUCGGACUGGAAGAGAGGGCCCUUGAAAAGUCUGGAAUAUAUUUUAUUUUAUCUGGAUAUUUUCAUGGGGGCGGGGCUAAGGGGGCCCAUCAGGACUGCCUAUGCAUAGGGCCUGGGAUCUUGUCCAACACCCCUGGGAAUCAGAUAUUCAAGGUCAGGGGUGGAAGGAUUUGCUAAUGUGGCUUUUACUGAAAUAGAAUACUAGAAUACACUUUUUGGUUUGUCCUGAUUGCUAAUAAUGUCAGGGGAAAGUGUGACUGUGUAAAAAUAAACAAUAUGAAAUUGAUGAGGAUAAGAACCAUUGCAAUGAGAAUUUGAAAAUGAUUUUUUGCAGAAGUAACUGUUGGGUGGAAUUAAAGCUUGUUCACGUUUUGCUUUACUACUGUUCUGAUUGGACAAUAUAUGUUUUACAAAUAAUUCUCCAAAGAUGAGUAAGAUCCUCCUGUUGCUCAGGUUUGAGCAUGCAUAGCAUACGAGCUAAUCACGUCACUGUUUUUAUAUAAUUAUGUUGGCUUGUGUGGCACCGUGAUCAUUAAUGUGUUCGUUUGUUUUGUUUUGAGUCGCUGCUGCUAAUCCCAGGACAGGAAACUUCUCUUAAUUUACUGGUAGAUGUUUAGAAAUGGCAGGAAAGUAAGAGUUGAGAGGUUAGGCUAAUGCUCACCGUGAACGUUUGAGCUCAUGACUGCAGUCACUUAAUCCCAUUUACUGCAGUGGAUACAAACCACAUUAAGACCCUAACGAAGAGCACAGAUCUCCCUCGCCACCACUUCCAAGUGAGAAGAGUCAGUGAUCUGAUCGGCAUGUGGACAAAACGAGGCUGGGAGAUCAUCAGGUUCAGACAUUCAGUAUCCUGGAGGCCAGUCUGCACUUCGCAGUCGGAGCUCACAGGACCAGCGAGGGUCAUGGGGAACACACACGCAAGUAUGGAAGACAUCCUCGCUGAGGACAUGCACCAUUGGUAUAACAAAUUCAUGCGGGAGUCUCCAUCAGGUCUGAUCACACUUUUUGAGCUCAAGUCCAUCCUGGGACUGCAGGGGAUGAAUGAGGAUGCCAACAGUUAUGUGGACCAAGUGUUCUUCACUUUCGACAUGGAUGGGGAUGGAUACAUCAAUUUUGUGGAAUAUAUCGCUGCUAUCAGCUUAAUGCUCAAGGGAGAAAUCAACCAGAAGCUCAAAUGGUACUUUAAACUUUUUGACCAGGAUGGCAAUGGAAAAAUUGACAAGGAUGAAUUGGAAACAAUAUUUACUGCUAUACAAGACAUUACAAGAAAUCGUGACAUUGUGCCAGAGGAAGUAGUGGCUCUUAUAUUUGAAAAGAUUGAUGUUAACGGAGAAGGGGAACUGACGCUCGAGGAGUUCAUUGAAGGAGCCAAAGAUCAUCCUGACAUUAUGGAUAUGCUGAAGAAAUUGAUGGACCUCACCCCAGUCCUGGUCAUUAUUAUUGAAGGGCGACAGAAACCAAUCAAUGGGAGUUAGGUGGGUUAAACGUCAACUUAAGGACAGAGAAACCAGAAAAUUCCCCACCUGAAAACCAAAUGAUUUCAGAGUUUGGUAUUCCCACUCUUGAGGAACAGAUGCAGCUUCCCACCACACCUGUGUGAUCUCUUCAACAGAAAAACAUGGGGAACUUUGGGAAGACUUUCACCCAAGCAUUGUGCUGUCUGACCCCAGUGGAGAUACCAAGCCUUGCAUCUGAGCUGUCCUCAGCUGAACAUUGAACUUCUAAUGCUAUAAGGGUUUCAAGAGACUAAGGAACUGCUGACAAGGCUUAGGAGUGAGCAAUGUGGGGCUUUUUAAGGAAAGGCUCAGUGGAGAACACUGAGCGCGUGUCUAGUGACUUUCAUUAGGUGAGCACAUCAACUGUUUAUGGCAUUACUAUAUUGCCCUAAGAGUGAACUCUGAGACAGUACAUUGCCGACGUAGCCUGAAUUGCCCUUAAAACUGUGAAAUUAAUGUAAUUAAUUAAUUAAUAGAAUAUAGAGCAGUGGUUCUCAACUGUUUUAUAAAGGACAUCCAAUGGCAACCCAAGUUUACUGUACAAAAUGUACCGGUAAAUAAAUAAAAAAAGUCUAUAUAUUGUUGUAUAUUACAAUAAACAAUAUUUGGCCACAAAAGGCUGACAUCUUUGAUUAUAUUAACCAUGUGGGAAGUUGUGCCUGUUUUGCCGUCAGUGACCCAUCAGAACAGACCUAAGACCCAUUUCUCAUUUGAGACCCACCAGUUGAGAACCACUGAUAUAACAUCACAAAUAAAGCACUUUAUCAAGGGAAAGUAUCAAACUUACCUGAUAAAGUUAGCUGUGGUUGUAGGUGCAAAAGAAAUUCAUUAAAUGCAUUUUCCAUAUAUCAUCUUUUUAGCUGAUCUAAACUUUGCUGUCAAAACAGUAAAACGAAAAGUCUUAACAAUUAUUAAUUCCAUAUUCCAAACUUGCAUAUACUAUACUCAAACCAUUCAAAGGUUUGAGUUCGGUAAGAAUUUUGUUUAAUUUACUAUUUUAUUUUGCGAGAAAAAAAUCUUCAGUAAGGACACAUUAAACUGAUCAAAAGUGACCAAAUGCAAAAUCAAAGUAAUCAAAACAUUGUGCAAAAAGUAUCAGUUUCCACACAAAAAAAUUAAGCAACACAGCUGUUAAUUUAAAUUGUAAUAGUAUUUCACUAUAUUACUGUUUUUACUU